AUGGCACCCUCAGCAACUGAAACCGUUAAUAUUCCAACUCAACUGAAAAAGCCUGUGAAUGAUAGGUUUACUGCAACUGAGCUUGGAAGCUAUAAAGAGCUUGCUCCCACGUCGUUCGAUAAGGAAGCUGAAGAGAAAGGAAUUGGUAAAUUUGCUGCCGCGUCAUACCCGCAUUAUCUCCCUACAUGGGAUGAUGUAACAUACCCACCCCUUGAGUCUUUUGAGCACAGAGACCAUGGGCUGGAUGCCGACACAACAUAUCCAGAACUACUUGCACCAGGUGUAGAAACAGUUGAUUUGACACCCGCAAUGGGCACAGAAAUCAAAGGUGUACAAUUGAGUAAGCUGAGCAAUGCCGGCAAAGAUCAAUUAGCUCGAUUUGUCGCGGAAAGAAAAGUCGUAGCUUUCAGAGAUCAAGAUUUUGCGGAUCUACCAAUCGCAGAAGCUGUCGAGUACGGCCGAUACUUUGGGCGACCUCAUAUUCAUCCAACAUCUGGUGCCCCUGCUGGUCAUCCUGAAGUCCACCUAGUACAUAGAUCAGCUGGCGACAAAACGGCUGAAAGCUUUUUCGAGACUCGAACAAACAGUGUAGCAUGGCACUCAGAUGUCACUUACGAGAAGCAGCCUCCGGGAACAACGUUCUUAUAUGUUCUUGACGUCCCAGAAAGCGGAGGCGAUACUCUUUUUGCCAAUGGUGUUGAAGCAUAUAAUCGACUAAGCGACUCAUUUAAAGAGCGUUUGCAUGGGCUUUCUGCGACACACUCCGGAAUUGAACAAGUGAACGCUUCUCGCUAUAGGAAUGGCAUUGCUCGCAGGGAGCCUGUCGUGAACGUUCACCCUAUUGUUCGAACGCACCCAGUAACUGGAGAAAAGGCAUUAUAUGUCAACAGACAAUUCACUCGAAAAGUUGUUGGUUUUAAACAAGAGGAAAGUGAUAUGCUACUGGUAAUAUCCCCUUCCCACCCCCAAAAAACAUUUGCAUCAACGAUGAUCUGA